AUGCCUAGCAGUAAGAACGUGGUUUUCGACAUCGUUGGCACUCUGGUGUCGUACGACGUUCUAUUCGAUGCGAUCGAUGAGCAGAUGGGCGAUCGACUCCGAGCAGAAGGCAUCAAGCCAACGCUGCUGGGAUACACUUGGAUCGAAGUUGCCGAGCGUGAAUACACCUAUCUUAGCAUCAGCGGUCAGUACAGAUCAUUCGUGACCUGUUUCGAGCUGCUCUUCUGGCGCAUGCUGCAUAUGGCAGGCAUCUCCGAGCCCCGACGUUUCGCGACGGAGAAGGACCUCGAGUUCAUCAUGAAAAGAUAUGGCAACAUGGGGUUACGGCCAGGGGCAGCAGAGUGCGUCACCAAGCUGCGCGAGGCCGGGUACACGGUUUGGGCUUUCACGGCUGGGGACCUGGCAAGAGUGGGGGGCUAUUUUGCCAAUGCUGGUCUCGAAUGGCCAGCAGAGAACCUGUUGUCCUGCGAUACUCAGGGCAUAGGAAAGCCCGAUCUGCGGGCGUAUCAGCCACUGCUCGAGCAAUUAUCCCAGCAUGGACGGCCAUGGUUCGCUGCCGGGCACAUGUGGGACGUUUCGGCGGCUCGCUGUGCGGGAUACAAAUCCGCGUAUUGUUCAAUUUGGGAAAAGGAGCCCAUCCCUGAAUUGUUCGGAGAGAUGGAUGUCAUGGCCGAGACGCUACCGGAGAUGGCUGAUAAGAUCAUUGCAGCACAAUGA